AUGGCUCAGCAACGGGUAGACGAAUACCUACAAGCAAGGUUACAUGACUGGAAAACACAUGAGUGGAGAGAUGACCAACUAUGGGAAUACUACCAAGAAGACUUUGAAGACUGGACCCCUGACCACUUUGCAAUGGCAUCCGCAAGCAUACGACGCGAAAUAAAGGAGUUUCUUAAUAGUAAAGGCGUUUUCAUCACAAAACCUCGACAAGAAAAGCUCCAUAUAUCACUGUAUCAUCUCGCACAAGAAAAGGAGUACCACCAAUGGACCAAAGAGGAAAUCGACCAUCAGAUGGCCCGAAAAGGACACUUUGACUCAUACUGGAACCCAAACGAUGAAAAACAUCAAUUCUCACAACGACUUUACCCCCUAGAUUCCGAUUCACCAACCCCAAUGUCUUCAAGACAACCUGAAUUGGAACAUCCCCCAAUCAAAGAACCACCGCGCCAAGACACACAAGGGCCACCGCAGAAGCCACACACGCCUCACACACCAAAGCAACUUGUUGACCUAAUGAAAAUCUAUAACAACGACGAACACAAGUAUGGAGGCGAGGUGUACGAAGUCCUUGAGUACAAACUGAGAAUAUUCUAUGAUUACUGCCGCAAGGUAGGAUUAUUAGAAGAAAAUUACAUUGACGCUUUCUCGAUAAUCCUCAAAGGAAGAGCAUCUGAGUAUUACUUUACCCAACUAGUAGGAAAAGGGUACACAUUUCCACGGAUAAAAGAACGACUACAAAUUCACUUCGAAACUGCGGAAAAACGACAACUUUACCUCUCUGAGUGGCGAGAAACGACGCUACAUCGAGUCAUUGAAAAGAACCGCACGAAAACGAAGCUCGAAUGCCUAGAGAUAAUGCUCGAUAAACUCCAACUCCUCCAACGAGCCCUGCCUGAAAUAUACCCCUCAGAAGACAACCUACGGGAGGCGGUUGUGAACGCAUGCCGCGGUAUCGACGAGUGCAAACUUGCAUUACACAAGCCAGCCGAUACAUACGAAGGCCUCUGUGCAGACCUACGCGGAGCAAUAGGCGCGGCAAGCGCAUCAUCGCAAACCCAGUACACAUACGAUGAUGACGAGGACAACGAUCCGGCCAAUGAUAAUAACCAAUACUGGACUGACCGAAAGUUCAACGGAAGAGGCAGAGGAUAUCGAGGCGGAUACAGAAGUCGUGGAAACAGCGGACGAAGCAAUUAUCCUGCAAGACAAAACACUGAAAAUACAUUCAAGCAGAAGAAAUGCUACAUUUGCGGAAAGACCGGCUGCUGGUCAACCAAGCAUUCUGACGAAGAACGCAGGAAAGCAUACAGCAAGUAUAGAGAACACGCACAAUACCACCAACAAUUGGCCUCUGUUGAUAGCUUCACUGUAUUCCUAGCAGAUUACGAAGGAAGUGAGAUAACCACUAGCAUAACCAGCACUAACUGGAACGAUGAUGAAGAAACGGAACACUUCUUCACCGAGUUUGGAAGCUUCGAUGGCAACGAGAUACUCCCAAUGCUGCAAGACCAUGCAACAUACCACGUCUUCACCAGAGAUGACCGCUACAAGGAUGAAAAGUCGUCACCACAACUUCUAACAGAAGAACACGGCAUAUAUACCUUCAAUGACCGAUAUUCUGAUGUUGAAUUCCAAGGCAUUAUGCCUGAUAGCGGCGCGUCAGGAAUAUCAACAGCAGGAGAACCUCAAUUCCGAGCAUUACAAUCAAUCAACCCAAAUGUAACGCUAAAUCCACCAAGGGAAGGAAACAAUACAGUCAGAUUUGGCAAAGGAACGGUGACCACAAAAGGGACGGCGAUAGUGCCUACACCAGUCGGCGAUGUAACCUUUCACAUCGUGCCGGCUAACACACCUUUCCUAAUGUGCCUACAGGACAUGGACCGUUUAGGCGUUAAAUUCGACAAUCUAAAGAAUGUGCUUAUUCAAGGAGACAAGAUUACACCCAUUGUCCGUAAAUGGGGGCAUCCUUGGAUGAUGCUAAAUAUCACGAAUAGUACGGCGUGGAUGCAUCUCACCGAAACGGAACUACGGUUGCUACACCGCAGAUUUGGACACCCAUCAGUGCAACGCCUACACCGAAUCCUUCAACGAUCAGGACAUCAAACGGACAUUUCGAUGAUUGAGGCAAUCAACAAGAUAUGCCACCAAUGUCAAAUGCACAGCAAAAGCCCCGGACGAUUCAAGUUCACUGUGAAAGAUGACUACGAUUUUAACUACGAGAUCAUCGUUGAUGUGAUGUACCUAAACGGAAAACCAGUCCUACACAUCGUUGAUGCCGCCACAUCAUUCCAAGCAGCAAGAUUCCUACCCGACGUAUCUGCAAAGACCACAUGGGAAACACUCAAGGCAUGUUGGAUCGAUACAUACCUAGGCCCACCAGAUUACAUCGUUCAUGAUGCCGGACGAAACUUUGCUUCAAUGGAAUUCCGUCAAAACGCGAAGGCAAUGACAAUCACGGUCAAAGAAGUCCCCGUGGAAGCCCACAACUCCAUUGGCAAAGUCGAACGAUACCACUUGCCAAUCCGACGAGCUUUCGAAAUUAUCUGCGACGAGAUUCCAGAUAUAAAUGAAGAAUUCGCGUUACAAAUGGCUGUCAAGGCAAUCAACGAUACAGCAGCACCAGAUGGAAUAGUUCCAACGCUGCUCGUCUUCGGAGCAUACCCUCGCAUGACAGACAACUCGCCGCCUUCCCCAUCAAUCUAUAAACGCGCGGAGGCAAUAAGGAAGGCGAUGACGGAAGUACGUCAGCUAUACUCAAAACGCCAAGUUCAAGAGGCGCUUAGGGCUAGAAACGGCCCGAAAACACAUCAAACCCUCCAACUUCCACUGAACUCGGAAGUACGAGUGUGGCGAGAGAAAGGCGGCUGGACAGGCCCCUACAAACUUAUCUCCGUUGAUAACCAAGAUUGUAUCGUGGAAAUGCCUAGCGGCAAUACCAAAUUCCGUGCAACGGUCGUUAAACCUUACCAUAGGGACCCCAUUGAGCAAAGAAACGACCCGGCACCGGAACUAACAGAAGAUGACGAUCACACGCCGCUGAACGAAAUUACACCGCCCCAGAAAGAUGAAGAAGAAAACGCAGAAGACAAGGUGGAAGACACGAUAGUUGUGCGACAACCAGGACGAGGCCGCCCAAGAAAGAACCAGUACAUCAAUAGCACGAUUGAUGGGGCUGAGACUUUCAUUUUCACACAAGACAACACAACUGUGGAAGUGGAAGCAUUUCUCUCAAACAAGGAAAAGGUUGACUGGAGAUUAUCACGAGAACUUCGCCGAAGCGGAAGAAUAACCACUCAAGGCGAGCCAUUUGAAGCGUCCACCGCACAAGAAAUCAAUGACCUGAUUGCGAGUGGCGUUUUUCGCUUCGAGAAAUAUAACCCGAACGUUCACGGCAGAGAUAUCUUUCGAUCGAGAAUGGUCAAUGAAAUAAAAGGCAAGAAUACAAACAGCCCAUACGAGAAGUCACGGCUUGUAAUCCAAGGCUAUAACGAUAAUGGAAAACAAGCUAUCCUCACGCAAUCCCCUACGAUUCAGCGAGCGAGCCAACGGCUAAUUCUCGCACUGGCACCUUCAUUGAUAAAAGACUACGCCUUCCAGAUGGCCCUACGAGAUAUCACGCAAGCCUACACACAAUCAACCACAGAACUCCAGAGGCUGAUUGUGGCGAGAUUACCGAAGCAAAUACAGCAUCACUACCCUGAAAAGACGAUAAUGGUAGUGGUAAAACCGCUGUACGGCAUCGCAGAAUCGGGAAAUCACUGGUUUGCUACGUAUUUCAAGCAUCAUCGCGAGAAACUCAGGCUAAUGACCUCCACGUACGACCCGUGCCUAAUGAUAAGCGAAGAAAAGCACCCAACAGAACUAGGCAUUGUGGGAGUACAAACAGACGAUACCUUAAUCCUCGCAACGGAAGAUUUUCUGACUAAUGAAGAGAAGCGACUCAACGAAGCUAAAUUCAGAGCAAAGGCACGAGAGACCCUAAAGCCCGGAACACCGUUAAACUUCAAUGGAGGCGUGAUAACACAAGAAGGAGACGAAAUUACCCUCCGGCACAAGGGCCAAGGGAAACGGCUCCAGCAGAUCAACGCCAGUAGCGAACAAAGCUACCAAAAUUACAUUGAACAACGAGCACGAGGCGCGUACCUAGCCACGACUUGCCAACCAGAAGCUGCUUUCGACCUCUCUAUCGCAGCACAACAUAAGGAACCCGACCAAGGUGAUAUAUCUAAGCUAAAUAAAAGAUUGAAAUGGCAGAUAGAUCAUCCUGACCGAGGGCUGACCUACAUCCCUCUCAACCUUCAAGAUGCCAAGUUAUUCCUUUUUGUUGACGGCUCAUUUGCAAACAACAAAGAUUUGAGUUCCCAGCUGGGAUAUGAGAUCAUCAUAGCAAACGAGAAUACAGGGAACGAUGACUUCACGAUCAAGGGGAACCUAAUCCACUGGAGCUCAACGAAAAGCAAACGAGUGACACGAAGCGUGCUCGCAUCGGAAAUCUAUGGCAUGACGGCAGGCGUUGACAUGGCGAUUGCAAUCUCUACAACGCUGGCGAUCAUCACCCAACGCCUUGGCAUACCUGACAUCCAUCUCGUUGUGUGUACAGACUCCUAUUCUUUAUACGAAUGCCUCGUGAAGCUUGGAACGACGAAGGAGAAACGCCUCAUGAUCGAUAUUAUGGCAUUGCGGCAGUCAUACGAGCGCAAGGAGAUCUUCGAGAUACGGUGGAUUAAUGGCAACGACAACCCGGCCGAUGCAAUGACGAAGGCAACGCCCAACAAAGCCCUAGAGAACUUCGUCAGCACGAACACACUAAGAAUACGGGUUGAAGGCUGGGUUGACCGGCCGUGA